AUGGCGGAGAUGAUCGCCGUAUCCCUCUCGGCAAAGGCGGCCGCGUCCUUGUCCGAGCCGGCAGCCGUGGAGCUGUCCUCCCUCUUCGCCAUUCGCUCCGGGGUCGCUGCCGCCGUGCGCGAGCUCGAGCUCCUCCGUGCCUUCCUCCGCUUCGCCGAUUCUCGCCGCGGCACCAACGAUCUCUCCGUCGCCUGGAUCAAUCAGGUUCGCAACGCUGCCUUUGAGCUCGAGGACGUUGUGGACGAGUACUCCUACCUAUCCGGUAGAGGCUUCAUCCGCGGCUGCGCCAAUUUAGGCGCCUGGUUCGCGCUCUCUAGGCGACUGCGGAAGGCGCGGGACAGACUCCGCGAACUGUCGGGCGCCAAGGAGCAAUACGGCAUCUUGCCGGCGAUUUCCUCCGCGGGCGCGGAGAGAUCGUAUGCAGUUGGCGGCAGCGCGAGCUUCAUCAGCCGGAAGGUAGCAGAUACGGCGCACUUUCUCGGAGAAGAGGAUAUAGUUGGCUUUGCGGCGCAGAGGAGCUUACUGAUGGAAUGGCUGACCGAGGACAUGGAGCCCCAGCGGACGCUGGUCGCCGUCUGGGGGAUGGGUGGUGUUGGCAAGACCACUCUAGUGACCAACGUCUUCAGGGAAGUCGCCGCUAGCUUCCACUUCGAUUGCGCCGCAUGGGUGUCCGUCUCUAAGAACUUCACGAGGGAAGACCUCUUGAAGAGAGUCUUGAAAGAACUUCAGCGGGACGUUCGCGCCGGCGUGCCAAAGGACGUUGAAGAGACGAGUUACCGAUCGCUGGUCGAGGCUUUGCAAGGCAUUCUGUCCAAGAAAAGGUACUUGGUGUUGCUGGAUGACGUCUGGGACGCGGAUGCAUGGUAUGAGAUCCGGAGUGCAUUUGUUGACGAUGGAACCCGGAGCCGGAUAAUCAUCACUACACGCAGUCAAGACGUGGCUAAUCUGACAAAAUCCACCAGGACCAUCCUGCUGAAGCCGCUUCCUGAGAAGGAAGCGUGGUGUUUAUUUUGCAAUACAACAUUCAGGGAGGAUGCUGAUCGAGAGUGCCCGCAGCAUUUGGAGCACUGGGCUUCGAAGAUACUGAACAAAUGUAGUGGUCUACCAUUGGCGAUUGUGUCAGUUGGCAAUGUCCUUGCUUUGAAGGAGAAAAGUGAGUUUGCUUGGAAGAGCGUGCAUGACAGUCUUGUGUGGGAUGAAAGCACUGAUCAUGGAAUUGGGCAAGUGUCAAGCAUACUGAAUCUGAGUAUUGAUGAUCUACCAUACCCUCUGAAGAGAUGUUUCCUUUAUUGUAGUAUAUACCCAGAGGAUUUCUUUGUCAAAAGGAAGAUUCUCAUAAGGAAGUGGAUUGCUGAAGGCUUUGUUGAGGAAAAAAACCAUGCCACAAUGGAGGAUGUCGCUGAUGAUUACCUGAACCAGCUAGUGCAACGAAGCCUGCUGCAGGUCGUGAUGAAAAAUGAGUUUGGACGCGCCAAGCGGUUCCAAAUACAUGAUUUGAUCAGAGAGUUGAUUCUGAGUAGGUCGGCAAAGGAGGGACACUUCGUAUUCUCAAAGUGCACACCAACAUUUGAGUCAAAUAGUAAUUUCCGUCAUCUCAUAAUUGAUCGAUGCGGAAGUAGUGACCUUCCAGCUCCACAAAUGGCAUCACUUCGGUCCCUCCAUGGAUUCAAAACAUAUUUGGAUGCUUCUCUGCUGUCUAGCUUCAGAUUACUAACUGUUCUAGACUUAUGGUACGUUCCAAUAAAUAAACUGCCUAGUUCAGUGACCAAUCUCCUCAAUCUGUGCUAUCUUGGCAUCCGUUCCACUCUAAUCAAAGAGCUACCACAUGAAUUGGGACGACUACGUAAGUUGCAAACUUUAGAUGCCAAGUGGUCCAUGGUCCAGAGGUUGCCAAGCAGCAUAACAAAACUCAAAGGUCUGCGCCACCUGAUAUUGUUUAGACGCUACGCUGCAGAUUUUAGGUUUCUAUAUCCUGGUAAAGCAGUUCUUCUUCCAGAUGGGAUGAGAAAUCUGACCUGUCUGCAGACUCUGAAAUACAUCGAAGCUAAUGAGGAGACGGUCAGAUCCUUAGGAAGCUUGAAACAGAUGAGGAGCUUGGAACUAUGUGGUGUGCACGAGGGCAGUCUUAUCCAUUUGCCAUCAUCCAUCUCUAAAAUGAGUUACCUUCAAUGCCUGGGAAUUGAAAGUCGGGAUGCUGAUGUACAACUGGACCUCGAGUCUUUUUCACCACCACCGUUGAAGCUACAAAAAUUCACCCUAACAGGAAGGUUAAUAGGGAAUAAGCUACCUUCAUGGUUUGGUCACCUUAGUAGUCUGAUGCAGUUGCAGUUGCAUUCUUCUAAACUCAAGGAAGAUUCAAUUGGAUUGCUGGCAUCGCUCCCUAGGUUGUUUGAUCUUAGCCUCGUGGAUGCAUAUGAAGAGAAGAGCUUGAUCUUUGCAGCGGGUGUUUUUCCUGUACUACGAAAACUAAGGUUAGAUGACUUAGCUAAUCUUUCUCACCUAGAGUUUCAAAAGGGGAGCCUUGUAAAUCUAGAUAAAUUGAUGCUUAGCCAUUGUUUUGAGCUAACUAAAAUACCCCAAGGCAUUGAGAACCUUGUGCAUCUCAAGAACCUGGAGCUUUCUGAAAUGCCAAUUGAGCUUACAGAACAGAUAUUUAAGGGGCAUGAAUCAGAGGGAAAACAUCAAGAUGCUUUGCACAUGACAAUUGUCAAGGUCCUCCAUAUGCAUAAUGGGUUGUUGGAGAAAAAAGUUCACAUCAACUUGUGCGCUUUAUAA